AGCAUAGAGAAGGAAGAGGAAGAGGAGGCGUGUAACGCGAGUUGGCCGAUCGCGCUCUCUUCAAGAUGCGCCAUGGAUAAUAACGGCACGGCGCAAAUAACGUCGUCGGUGGUGCUGGUCGCGAUGCAAAACCAAUCGGCGCGUAACUCGAGCUACCUGUCGGAGGAUGUCACGUCGAAUCUGAUGGUGCAGAUAGUAUUCUGCGCGUUCUACGUCGUUAUCUUCGUGCUGGGGAUAUUCGGCAAUGUACUGGUGGUCUUCGUCGUCGGGCGGAAUCGCCAGAUGCACACUGUCACGAAUCUCUUCAUCGCGAAUCUCGCCCUCAGCGACGUGCUGCUCUGCGUGCUCGCCGUGCCCUUCACCCCCCUGUACACCUUCCUGGGCGGUUGGGUCUUCGGCAAGACCCUCUGCCACCUGGUGCCCUACGCCCAGGGCGUGAGCGUGUACAUCAGCACGCUCACCCUGACGAGCAUAGCCGUCGACCGGUUCCUCGUGAUCAUCUAUCCGUUUCACCUGCGCAUGAAGAUCAAGAUGUGCCUGGCGAUCAUCGUGAGUAUAUGGGUGAUCGCGUUGCUGAUUACCCUGCCGUACGGGCUCUACAUGCACCUGGAGGAGACGUAUACCUUCUGCGAGGAGAAUUGGCCCAGCGAGCCGUUUCGCAAGGUCUUCAGCUCGCUCACCUCGAUAUUCCAAUUCGUCGUGCCGUUCUUCGUGAUCGCCUUCUGCUACGUGUGCGUGUCGAUCAAGCUGAACGAUCGGGCGCGCGCGAAACCCGGCGCCAAGACUAGCAGGCGCGAGGAGGCGGAUCGCGAGAGGAAGCGCCGGACCAACCGGAUGCUGAUCGCGAUGGUCGCCAUAUUCGGCGUGUCCUGGUUGCCGCUCAACAUCGUCAACGUCGUCGACGAUUUCUACUCGCACGUCAACGACUGGUCCUACUACAGGCUCUGCUUCUUCAUGUCGCACUGCCUCGCCAUGAGCAGCACCUGCUACAAUCCGUUCCUCUACGCCUGGCUCAACGACAACUUUCGCAAGGAAUUCAAGCAGGUUCUGCCAUGUUAUUCAAGAAAUUCCGACGGCAGUACUCCGAAGAUCAAGGAGGGCUGUAAAAAUGACAAAAUAUGUAACGGUAAUAAUACCAUGCAAGAGACGCUGCUGCCCAGCAACACGAAAGUGCAGAAUCCCGAGGGAUACGAGAUGAUCAUUCUGGAGCAAACGACGAACAUCUCAAAGGAGCAGGAUCAGCCUUUGAGUUCCUCGAAGGAUUUCGACGAUGCGACUCUGUGAGGGAAAGCACGAAAGGUACGCAAAUACAUUUGGUUACGUAAAGCUGUUAGACACGUCAAAUCGAAUAAAUAUCAACUACAAUAGAAUUGCUGCAGAAGGGGAACAAUCUGAUCGUUCUAUCAAAUUGAUAUUUAUUUUUACGAUUUGGAUACUGAUCAAGCUUUUAUUUCAUUCUCCAAAGUUCUAAAUCGCGUCAGAAUGGACAUGGAAAAUAAAAAGUUAUUUUUCUCUUAUACAGCGAGUAUAAGAGUUAUAUUUUUUAAAUAAACAGUUACCUAUAUAUUCAUAUCAGUCUAUACCAGAAUAUAUAAAUAAAUAUUUGAAAACGCAAA